ACUUCCUUUGGGCUCCUCUCUGUGCUUCCCUGCGCCAGGCUCUGUUUAUCGGGAUACUGACCUCGGGAGAUGUGUUAAAUCUGCCGGACACUGAGAAAACCAGCAAGCGUGCAGGGAUCUUGCAGAAUGCAGCCGUUUAUCUCACUGGCGACCAGCUAGUAGUUUAUUCUCUGUUUGUUCUGCGCUGCUCGUCUGGCCGUGUGUGUGAGACCCUCCGCCGCCGCCGUGAUGGGAGAACACGAUGAAAGCGAAAUCAUCGAGCACCACGACGACGAAGAGAUGGAGAAGAGAAACAGGUUCAGGAAGGACUCCAACUCCCUGCUGGAGAGUCUGACUCCGUCCGAGAGAGACGGACAGAGGAGCACCCAGCCCUCUCACCGCCUCUUAGCCUACAGCGACGCUCUCAUCUCCAUCAUAGCCACCGUCAUGAUAUUACCUGUUGCCCACACGAAAUUCCAAAACACUGAGGAACUGAAGGACAGCAUUCAGCUGCUCCUCACCACUAAGAUUGCAGUAUACUUGAUGACAUUUUUAAUAGUCACUGUUGCUUGGGCAGCCCACAUAAGGCUGUUUCAGGUCAUUGAGCGCAUCGAUGACACUCUUGCACUUCUUAAUCUGGCUUGCAUGAUGCUGAUAACAUUUCUGCCUUACACAUUUUCUCUGAUGGCGACAUUCCCAAAUAACGUUCUUGGCAUUGUGUUUUUCUGUGCCUGUGUCAUUGUAAUUGGCCUCAUUCAGGCAGUUAUUGUCAUUUAUGGAUUUAGCCGUCCUUUCCUCCUGAACGAGCACAUUCAGAUGUCAGAGAACCGGGCCUACUACAGACGCCACAUCCUUGAAAUUAUAACGAAGGUUCCUUUAAUGUGCUUCUUUGCCAGCAUCUUUUCUUUCAUCUUUUUUCAACUGUCUUAUGUCCUGCUGGCCAUCGUCAUAUUCAUGCCCUAUAUUUCUCAGUGUUUGAAAUGGAUUCGGAACAAAGCCAUCGGUGGUCCAUCAGACGACACUCCAGACGCCAUGCUGUUUUAUACCUAUCACCCGAAUGAACCACUGAGCAAAGAGCGAGUAGAGGCUUUCAGUGACGGUGUAUACGCCAUUGUAGCAACCCUUCUCAUCUUAGACAUAUGUGAGGACAACGUGCCAGACCCUUCCCUUGUGCAGAAGGAGUUCGGCGGCAGCCUCUUCGCAGCUCUUCAAGAGUAUGGCCACGAGUACCUGGCCUAUUUUGGCUCCUUCGCCACUGUGGGUCUGCUGUGGUUUGUCCACCACUCACUCUUCCUGCAUGUGACCCGGGCCACUCGUCUAAUGGGCCUCUUCAACACCUUUUCCCUAGCCUUCAUAGGUGGUCUACCGCUGGCCUACCAGCUGACCCACGAGUUCCCCAGUGGCUCCCGCAAUGAGCUGGAGGCCAUCCAAAUCAGCUGCGUCAUUAUUUUCUUUGCAGGCCUCUUCCAGCUGGCCUUGUGGGUCACUGCGCUCUUCUCAGAGCACGAGACUCUGCACCCGUACGUGCAUUACGGAGGCCGGGAGCACGCCUUCAUGUUCGCCAAACUCUCUCUCUAUCCCUGUGUAGCUUUAGGGACUUUCUUCUUCACCUGCAUCCUCAGCCGCUUCAGUGCACCCAUCUUUCACUUGAUGCAGAUUGCUGUCCCCUUUGCUUUCCUGCUGCUCAGGCUGCUGGUGCGGGUGACGCUGGCUGUGCUUAGGUGGCUCUUCUGUCCCGCUAGACCCGACAUUGGAAACACGCCAGUGGAAGAGGGCGACUCACGUCUGCCCUUUAAUGACAUUGUCACCUAGCAGGAGAUGGUCAGUGCUGGGUUAAGUCCAGCAGGUUCUGGGCCUAUAUUCACAAAAAAAUCUCUGAAGUCCUCUACAAAUGCUUGUAAUUUCAUGUAAUGUGAUUUUUUUGCUGUUCAGUGAGUUUGGAGGAAUGUAGAUAACGUUAUCAUGGACAAAGUCAGCACUGAAUGGCUGUGUUAGGACUUUGGAAUAAGGAGGUCAUUGCCUUCUUUAGUAAAAAGACAAGUGGAACUACAAAAAACUAAAGUUGUGAACUGAAAAACCCGUUUAUCUAAGUCAGAGCAGACAGCAUGCCAUGGGGAGUUUCAUCAGUAAUUGGACUGAAAAGUGUUUAACAUACACUGAGCUAAGAAAACCCUGUAACCCAACCCAAAAGCAGAAAUUGUCAUGAAAUUUGCAGUAUUUGAUUAAAUUUAGCCUAAACAGUAAAAUCAAAUCUGCUAAAGCCUGUCCAUCAAGCCUUUUAUCCAUCAGUUAGAUUGGUGAGAUAUUUGAUUGUUACUUUAGUUUUUUUUUUGGUAAAAUCUUAUCGAAUGAAUUUGAUUUCUUCAAAAUUCUCAGAAUAUUAGUCACUGCGUUAAGAAAUUUUGUGAAUACAGACACGAAUGUUGGACAGCGAUUUUUUUUGGCUUUCAUAGGAUGUGAGGACAUAAGAAUAAUUCAGACUGUUAAACCUAUAACCUAUCCUUAUCCUUAAUAAUUCCUAACUUUCCAUACAGGUUAGUUCCAUAAAAACACAUGAAUCAGCUUAUUGAGAGUAUUUCUGUCCUCUACUGUUCUAUGAAAAAAUUCAAACUUUAAAUUAAGCAAAUUACCCUCUGCUUUACAGUAUGAGCUGAUGAUCAAACUUCUGUAUUUUUCCCUUUCACAGACAUUGUAGAUCAUGAUUUGGACUGGGCAAAAAUAAUCAUAGGCCAGAUUCUUAGAGGUUUGAAAUGCGCUUAUUUAAAUCUAAUAAUCUAUUGUUCAUCUACCCAUUUAAAGCAGUUUUAACAAUGCUUUUAGCAUAAUUUGUAAUAUGCUUAUAAUCUCUUUUCCCUAGAUGUGCAAACUCUGAGCCAUAGACUUAAAGUGAUGCUUCUGAAACUAUGAUGGUUAGUUAUUUCUUUAGAUAAGAUUCCUCACACUCCCUCUCAAAAACAUAAUCAGAAAAUGGGCAACAUGCUACGAUUCACGAUGUCUUGAAGCUCCACUGACAUUGAAGAGCACAUGAAAUACAAAAUGAACAUGAGAAUUCCUAAUAGACACCUGUCCUUUUUAUAAAAUAGACAUUUGCACUUCAUUUGAUAUGAUACUUAAAUCUAUCAAGCACCUUAGAUGUUUCAGUGAAGAACUCAUUGCACUUUACCUAAGAUCCUAAAUUCAGGUUCGAUUUUUGUUCAUUCUUUAGAAGUAAACAUAAGCCAUCAUGAUACGCAUGUUUUUAUAUUGUCUGUAUAUUGUCAUAUCAAUGUCUGUAAUUGUGUCAUGCUUCAGAAGGGCGGAAUGUUAGAUGUUAGGAGUUUGGAAUAAGGAAGCCGACGCCUUCCUUUGUAAACACAGGUGGUUGUACAAAAUCCGAGCUCUGUGGGUUAUGACUGCUGUGUAUUUGUAAGAGUGCGAUUACUGUACCUGCCACAAGAAGAUGCUGUUGUAUAUCUGUUACACAUCUAAUUAGCGUUGUUCAGUCACCUUUCCUGACUUUUUGCAGCACUGUUUUAUGUUACUUGGUGCUUCAGCAUGUUUCCUUUUCCGUCUAAAAGAGACAUCUGAAUGUCACAAGUGAAAUAAUAUCACUGUCAAUUUAACAUAUACAGCUAAAAACACAGCACAUCAGUUUAUUCUCUGAAUAAUAAAGUUGCAAACUGCUGCUUGAUGGAGUCAGCUUA